AUGGGGGCCCCCUGGGCUCUUCGGCGCCCCCUGGGGGCCCCUGCAGCAGCGUCGGCGCUGCCGCAGCAGCCGCUGCUGCUGCUGCUGCUGCUGCUGCUGCUGCUGCUGGGGGCAGCAGCAGCAGCAGCUCAAACUUUCUCCUUCGACUCCCAAGCAGCACCUGCUGCUGAAACUCUCAAACACAAUCCAAACCCUUUCUUCAUAUACGGCCGCUCGGACCCCCAAAGCAGCUCUUUUUGGCUCUUCAGCAGCAGCAGCAGCAGCAGCAGCAGCAGCAGCAGCAAACCCAACACGGUCACCUUUGCUGCGCUGCAGCUCACCCCAGACAGCAGCAACGAGGUGCAGCAGCUCGCAGCCAUAGAGCAGCAAACCAGAGGGGCCUCCCACAAUGCGGGGGCCCCCGGGGGCCCCCAGGAGGCCCCCCCGGGGGCCCCCCCGGGGGCCCCCCAGGGGGCCCCCCAAGGGGGGGCCCCCCAGGGGGGGGCCCCCCAGGGGGCCCCCCAGGGGGGCCCCCAGGGGGGCCCCCAGGGGGGCCCCCAGGGGGGCCCCCUGGCGGUGUCUCCAGCUGGAAUAGAAGUGGCAUUAAUAAAAUACCAGCAGCUAAAAAGAAUGCUGCAUCAUUCUUCUCCAGUUUCGUUUUGCUGCGGGGGCCCUUUUGCUGCUGGUGGCUUUGCAGCAACUAAGGAGUGUCCGUAUCCUUACGCGCUGCGGCGCUCCUUCUGGAGCAGCAGCAGCAGCAGCAGCAGCAGCAGCAGCAGCAGCAGCAGCUGCAGCAGCGGGGAGGAGCCGGUUGAGGAGUACGAGGGCGAGGAGGUGUACGUGGUGCCUGUGGGCCUGGACAGCAGCACGCUGCAGCAGCAGCAGCAGCAGCAGCAGCAGCAGGGGGCUGCUGCUGCCGCGGGCGGAAGCGCAGCAGCAGCAGCAGCAGCAGCAGCAGCAGCAGCAGCAGCGGGGGAGCGGCAGUUCAGCGUGCGGGACAGCGGGAUUUACUUUUUAAUAACAGCAAAUUGCGGGCCUUUAAAUGACUUAAAAAUAAAAGGAAAAGUUUCUGUAAAAAGUCCCCUGGGUUUGCUGCCAGGUUAUUUAUAUCCAGCUCUUGCUGCUGACUUGCUGCUGCUGCUGCUGCACCUGGCAGCAGCAGCAGCGUGGGGUUUGCUGCUGUGCUGCAACCGCAGCAACAUCAUCAAGCUGCACCUGCUGAUUGCUGCUGCUGCUGCAGUGGGGCUCGCCGAGACUGCUGCUGCCUUCGGGUGUACGUACACCGCAAUGGGGGGCCCCCCGGGGCCCCUGCUGCUGCUGCUUGCUGCUGCUCUUUCCCUCAGCAAAUAUAUUUCUCUUUAUUUGCUGCUGCUGCUGGGGGCCCUCGGCUGGUCCAUUACGAAGCCCUUUUUGGAAAAGAAAACUCUCAACAAAGUCUUCUUUCUCGUCGCCGCCUACAUUGCCCUUUACUCCUUGAGGUGA